ACCAAUAACGGCAAAUAUUGAAAAGGGGGAAGAAGAGAAGGUUUUUAGGGAUUUUGGCGGUUUUAGGGCUCUCGACACUCCACUUUGACGGCUUUUUCACUUCCUCUGCUUUGUCUUCUUCGUCUCUACCGCCAUCCUAAGAAAUCGCGAUAGGCUAUAUGAGAUGUCUGACAGCUCCGGAAAAGCCAUGGUCAAAGUCAAGUUAGAGAAGGAAGAAGCUGGGCUUCUUGUAACAUGUGGAAUCCAGAAGAGAAAACGACUCCCUCGAGUUCGGCCUUUUGGAGACCAGACAGAAAAUAGCUUAGUGGUUCACGAAAACAAACAGCCAAGGAUAGCCACUCGACGGUUUACUGAAAGGAUUAAGUUUGAGGAGCAAACGCUAGCUGAUAUGAUGAAGGAGAAAGGUGUUUCGUUUGGAGAUAAAUCUAGAAAAUUUGCAGACCAGAGAGAAAGUAGCUUAGUGGUUCACAAAAACAAGCAGUCAAGAAUGAUCAAUCGGUGGAAUUCUGAAAGGAUUAAGUUUGGGGAGGAAACACUAGCGGAGAUUUUGAAGGAGAAAGGUGCUUCUAUUGAGACACCUAUUUCGCGGCGCGAGUUAAGAAAUACUGCUCGAAAGACAAUCGGUGAUACUGGGCUCUUGGACCAUUUGUUGAAGCAUAGUGACGGAAAUGUAACACCAGGUGGUACUGAUCGGUUUAGGAGGUGUCACAAUACUGAAGGAACCAUGCAGUAUUGGCUAGAGAGCGCUGAUUUGAUCAAGAUUAAACUUGAAUCUGGAAUUCGUGAUCCUAAUUGGAUACCCCCAGCUUGGUGGAAGAUUAAGAGUGAAUCACAUGAACCGUUUGUGGUCUCCUCAAAGUUUGAGGAAGAAAUUGAGAAAAUGAAGAGUGAUAUCAAAGAACUUGUGUCUGAUUUGGUCAAAAUUAAACGUGAAUCUGGAAUUCCUGAUCCUAACUGGAGUCCACCAUCUCGGUUGAAGAUUGAGAGUGCAUCAUAUGAAUCAUCUGCGGUCUCCUCAAAGCUUAGGGAAGAAAUUGAUACAAUGAAGAGUGAAAUAAAAAAUCUGGUAUCGAAGCAAAAGUUACCAAAUCAUGCUGAUGCAACUGAGAAACUUUUGAAGGAAUUUAUGAGUUGGAGGGUAAAGACUGAUAAGCAAAUUGCGGAGAUCUCAAAUUCAUUGUCUUCGACACAGUGCAUGGUAAAGGAAUUAAUUUUGUGGAAAGAUAAAGUAGAUAAGCAGCUGGUGGCAAUUUCAAACAUGCAGAACAAUCUGCAGGCAAACGGGAGCACUUCCUUCAGCUCAGCUCCUGAAAGUUGGGAACAUAUAUUGCAAACUGCCAACUUGGAUGAUUUUACUGGAAAUGGUUUCGAACCAUGGGAUGUUGAUGCUGACCUUAUCGAUGUCCUACCAGACGCUGUCAGGCCUGAUACCUACUCGCUUCCACCAAAUGCUUGCAAAAGCUCUUUCCAAGACCAAAUGUGGUUUGAGGAACAGUCAUUGCUCAACUCCGAAAUGCAAAGGACUGAAAGCUGCAUGACCAGAGCUGAAUCCAGAAGCUCAAACCAGGACAAAGCUGAGGUGACCCCGGGUUCUUCAAUGACUGCAGGUCCAAGAUCAGAUAUUGACGACCCAAAUAUUCUUUCUCAGGAAGCAUUGAAAGAGUUAAUGACUUGGAAAGCCAAAGCGGAACAGCAGCUAACAGAAAUGUCAGACGCUGUGCGUGCUCUUCAGGGAUAGUGUCAACCCAAGUGGCUUUACCCGUAUGACGACAGAAACACAAUAGGCACAGAUUCAUCAGUGAUCGAUUCACCUACAUAGAAUCCCUUAGAGACUUGUACAGGGUUUCUGCUAAAACUGAACAAAAAAAAAAGAGACUAAGAGAUCAGUUAAGGCAUCUAUCUGGAAAGUUUAGGAACAGGUAGGAAGUGAAGGUAAAGACUCUUAUUUAGUAGUAGUUGUUGGUUGAUGUAUAUUCUCUCUGAUGACUCUUAUUCAACAACGAAGCUUUUUUUUUGGAGUAA